AUGUUUUAUCAAUGAAAUUAAUCAGUAUUCAGUAAAUAGUUGUAAGGUUACAAAAGGUAAGGCGAUUUACAUGGGGUUUUUUCAUACACUAGAAUGUUUUUGCCCGUUGUGCCGCCUGUUUGAUCGUUUUAACUUUCCUCAAAUGGUAACGUAAUUCUAGGUCCAAGUUCAACUCUAAGAUUCACGCAGUAAAACUUCAGGUUUCGAAGUCGACGAAGUUCCACUUCACGAAUCACGACUGUAGGUCAUCAAACUAAAUGUAACUAAAUGUUUUCCGCAAAACAUGUAAGCUGAUUAUUUUAGCCAAGUAGAAAUGCUGAUUGGAUGUGCUUUGUACAACCCAUAAACAACAGUUUUUUCAUAUCGAAGUUUCAAGAAAUACAAUGACGAAUGUUGAAAGCAUAAGUUUUCACCAUUGUCUUUUACGUAAGAUGAUAAGACUAAUGAUUCAGUGAAACCUUUGUCUAAUUUCACAACAAUGUAAUCCACAGUAACCGAACGAGACUUUAAAAAUGAGUUUUGAUGCUUUAACACAGAAUAUAGUCAGAUUGUGCUAGAAGGAUGAAUCUCUUAGCUAUAUAGCCUUAAUCCAUACUAUAUAGGAGCUGAUUACUGUGGCAUUUAUAGAAACCAUACAAAGACAAUAAGUCUAUAAUUGGGUGCAUAAAAAUUAGGUCUGAUAUGCAUGCCUUUAGUUCCGCCGCAAAAUAUUGCGCUAAUGAUUCAUUGUCGGUUAAAAAGUGAACGAUACUGAUUCAGAUAAAGAACGCGUUGUUGACCUUGUUUAUUUUGCGUAUAGUGAUUAUAUUCAUACGUCUGACAAUAUUGAGAUUUUAUCCAUAUUGUAAUAUCAGAUAUAUGGAAAAGAAAUGAAUCAUUAUACAGAUGGAUGGAUGACAAAUUACAGUCGUUAAGAUGUAAAUAAUUUUUUAACCUUUGAAAAGAUGUCUAUGUCGCCGAAUAAAAUACGAUUAGUUUCGGCAAUGCUUUUUUGGCAGAGUCUAAACCACGUUUUAGUCCCAUCUGCAGAGUGUUGCGCUGCCGAGAAUGAGGCACGGUUGAUUAAAGAUUUGUUACGGAAUUAUGAUCCGGAUGCAAGACCAGUCAAGAAUCAAACAGACUCGGUCAAAGUUGAGCUACAAAUGAUUUAUAAAGAGCUCAAAGAAAUUGAGGAACCAAAACAGCAAAUGACAUCAAUAACACGAUUUAGUAUAAAAUGGAAAGAUGUUUCCUUGCAGUGGAAGAAAGAAAAGUAUGGAGGAGUGAAAGCUAUCCAUCUCACACCGAAUCGCAUUUGGAAACCAGAUUUGACUUUAUACAACAGUGUCCACAAAGAUGGCGGAAAUAUUUACAGUUAUUUAACGAGAGCUUUAGUGACAAAUGAUGGAACAGUGACAUGGCUUACUUAUGCUAUGUUGAAAACAACUUGCAAACUGGACAUCUCUGCCUUUCCCGUUGACGAACAAAAAUGCUCAUUAAAGAUCGGCUCUUGGACCUUAAAUGCAGCUAAAUUAGACUUACAGCUUUCAAACACACCACAGCCCAGUUUGGAUCAGUACAGCGCUCACACAGAAUGGGAGCUUCUAUCUGCUACGGCAAAAAGUCGAACUCAAAAGUACCCCUGUUGUCCCGAGUUGUACACAGAUAUCACCUAUACCCUGCACUUUAGACGGAAACCAUGGUUUUAUAUUGUAACAAUAGUUUUCCCUUGCCUAAUAUUGUCGCUAUUGGCAUCAAUUUCGUUUCUAUUCCCUGCCGGCUCAGGGGAACGAGUCUCGCUAGUGAUAUCGGUUUUGCUUGGGCUAACUGUGUUCAUGCUUAUCAUCAACGCGGAGACACCGGUAAGUUCCGACUCUACUCCGAUGUUAACCCGAUACUUCAGCGUGAUAUGCUGCGGGACUUUCCUAAUACUCCUCGCAACUGCGUUUAUCCUUCAAAUUCAUCACGGAUUGAGUUCAGAACCGGUCCCCUAUUGUAUAGCGAGCGUCCGCAAUCUAUUGGCUGUCGUCUUCUGUAUGAGAAACGCGCCAAAAAAGACGGAAAAGAAGCAGCCGCUACUCGAAACGACGAUGCUGGAUGACGAGAAUAGGCUUUCGGUUCCAGCGUUUUCCGAUUCGUCGAUGACAGGCACUUGUGUUAUGAAGAGGAGGCACACUGCGGACAUUAUGCUAAUUAACAAGCUUCAACAUCUCGCGGCCCGUUUUGAGGAAAACGAAACGGUUGGUAAGAUACAGCAAGAUUGGCAAUACACGGCCAGAGUUUUUGACAGAUUCUUUUUUGUUAUAUUUUUAUUGUUUUAUAUUGGUCUAAACCUCUAUAUUAUUGGUUUUUUGUACGUAUAAAAUGUAUAUUGAGUUAACAUAAUUCUGUUUCAGUAAGCACCGGUUCUGUCGGUUGUAAACCGAGCAACCCUUUAAGUGAAUAAUGCAGGCAGGUCCGGAAUGGGCUUGCUUUGCCAGUUUAAAUAUAUCAUACUGAAUGGCCAACUAGAAUGUAGUGUGGGGUUGAUGCACUGAACGAUAUGAUAAGCAAUAAAAAUGAACGACCGGCCAAGUGCCAACUGUUUAAAGAGGUUGAGUACUAAAGAAGAUUUGGAGUGAAAAAAUCCCCUUUAAAAGGCAAUAUAUGAUUUAUUAAAAUAUAGUAACAUAUUCAGAUUGCAAUGCGUUUAAUAUUUCAUUUUAAAAGGACCUAAGAACACGAUAAUCCAAUUUCCUUCAGAGAUUUUCAUUUAUCUGACCUGCCCUGCAAGUAAAGUGGUAAACAAGGAAUGAUAAAACA